AAAACGUGCCCAGUGUUUCCCUCUGCGUGCACUGAGUGCCGCGCAGGCGCAAAGGGCCAGGUGCUGGAGGUGCUGUCAUGGCCUGCUUCAACCCGGUGUCUAAACUCUACAGAUCUGUAAUUGAAGAUGUAAUUGAAGGAGUUCGGAAUCUAUUUGCUGAAGAAGGUAUAGAGGAACAAGUUUUAAAAGACUUGAAGCAGCUCUGGGAAACCAAGGUUUUGCAGUCUAAAGCAACAGAAGACUUCUUCAGAAAUAACAUCCAAUCACCUCUGUUUACUCUUCAGUUGCCACACAGCUUGCACCAAACAUUGCAAUCGGCAACAGCAUCAUUAGUUAUUCCUGCUGGUAGAACUCUUCCAAGUUUUACUACAGCAGAACUGGGUACUUCAAACUCCAGUGCAAACUUUACUUUUCCUGGUUAUCCCAUUCAUGUACCAGCAGGUGUGACACUACAGACUGUAUCUGGUCACCUUUAUAAAGUCAAUGUACCAAUUAUGGUGACACAGACUUCUGGAAGAGCAGGUAUUCUUCAGCAUCCAAUUCAGCAAGUAUUUCAACAGCUUGGCCAGCCUUCAGUAAUACAAACUAGUGUUCCACAAUUAAAUCCAUGCUCUCUUCAAGCAACUACUGAAAAAUCACAGAGAAUUGAAACUGUGCUACAGCAACCCACAGUUCUACCUUCUGGGCCAGUAGAUAGGAAACACUUAGAAAAUGCCACCAGUGAUAUACUUGUAUCUCCUGGAAAUGAGCAUAAAAUCGUGCCUGAAGCUUUGUUACGUCAUCAGGAAAGUUCUCAGUAUGUCAAUCUUCCAGGUGUUGUAUUUUCUCCACAGGUCUCUCAAACAAAUCCUAAUGUGGAGUCAGUGCUCAGUGGUUCAGCUAGCAUGACUCAAAAUCUGCAUGAUGAGUCCCUCUCCACAAGCCCUCAUGGGGCUCUCCACCAGCACGUGACUGAUAUUCAGCUUCAUAUUCUUAAACAUGGGAUGUAUGGAUGUGAAUCUGUAAAGCAACCAAGAAAUACAGAGGAACCCAGCAACAUACCUGUAUCAGAGAAGGAUUCUAAUUCACGGGUAGAUUUAAGCAUUCGGGUUACUGAUGAUGAUACUGGUGAAAUAAUUCAAGUCGAUGGAACCGGUGAUACAUCUUCCAAUGAAGAAAUAGGAAGUGCAAGAGAUGUAGAUGAGAAUGAAUUUCUAGGGGUUAUUGAUGCAGGAGAUCUGAAGGUACUUGAAGAAGAAGCUGACAGUAUUUCAAAUGAGGAUUCAGCCACAAACAGUAGCGAUAAUGAAGAUCCUCAAGUAGACAUUGUAGAAGAGAUUCAUCGAAGCAAGAACAAAUGGAAAUUCUAUUUGAAAGAUGGUGUUAUGUGUUUUGGAGGGAGAGACUAUGUAUUUGCAAAAGCCAUUGGUGAUGCAGAGUGGUAAACCUUGUGAGCUCAGUACAGCUAUUUUGUGAACAUCAGUUGGACUAUAUUGCAUAUUGUGAAAUUCAUUUUUAUUUUAAAUAUAGUCCAGCAGAGAGCUGUUCAAAUUUGUAGUUCACUGUAUGGAAUUUAAUAAAAUUAUAAUUCAGAUGCAGAUACAAAUACACAA